GCUGAGGGGGGGCAGAGAGAUGAGCUCAGCGCCCGCCGGGGGGCAGGUAACGUCAGCUGUCGGCCGGAGCAGGCAAAAAAGGAGAGAGAAACUGUGCAGGAGCUGCACACCUAAUGAGUUUUUAUCAAGACUCCAUAAUAAAAUAAGAAUGGGCAGCUAAUCUGCUCCGUGCAUGAGAACCAGCAGCGCCUCGAUCCAUCCUCAUCCCAGAAGUGUCUCGGCAACAUUCCGCCUGGCUUGAAAUGGGAUGAAAUGGGAUUAUUCAUGUCGACUAAGAUCGGAUGGAUUCUUGCGAUCGCCUCUGUUUUCCUGCUCCUUGCAGUGCCUGCAGACUGUGUAGAUGUGAAGUGUGAGAACGUUUAUAGGGACUUCUCUGAAUGCGUCCUGGAGCUGGGGGAGAGCAUGGAUAACUACCAGGAGAACGUGACCAGCGAGCGGGGAGUUGCUGCCGUGUGCAGCCACUGGGAAGCUUUCCACACGUGUGCUCUCACAGCCCUGUCGGACUGUCAGGAGGAAGUCAGCUCCAUCUGGGAGACCCUGAGGCAGGACUCCAGGAAGAUCCGCUUCCAGGGAAGUCUGUUUGAUCUGUGCAGCCCCAGCUGCUCUCCCAGUGUACGUUUGCCCCUUGCUGCCCUCAUCCUGCCACUGGUGCUGGUCCUGACUGGGCCUAAUUGGGCUCCUGUAUAGAUGGUACAUGGGUGCAGUUUAGGAAAAUAAGAUGGAGGACAGGCUGAAAGGGGUCUUCAGUUUUUAUGAGUUUAAGUACUUCUGUGCUCAGAUGUAACGCCAAGGAUUUAAAAGAGAAAAAUGUUUUAAAGGGUUUUUUUACACUGAGCUGUUCUUGUUUGUGGUAGGACAAUCAAUUUUGUUAGGCCAAUAAUCUUUCAAAUCUUCUGAAUAUACUAAAGCCUAUUUCUCCAAGAUAUAAUUCACAAAGCAUAGGAAAAAGAUUAUUUUUUGAUCUUUAAUUUAAAGCAGAUUAUAAUAAAUGCUCACUUUGAUACAAAUGAUUUCAAAUUCAUUUUGGUCAGACAUAGGUUACUAAUAUAGAAGGGGAUCCAUGUUCUCCAUACCUAAUGUUUUUAAAGUAGCAACUUUAUUUUCUUACAAAGAUGCCUAAACCGCCUAGCCAACUUGUGUAUGUGGGCCCCAUAUUGAUCAUGGAGCUUGGGCUCACCUGGGACUUCUCGUAUGGGGCCCACUUAUGUUUACUAAAUAAAUAUAAUAUUGGCAAAACAAGCUGUGUACUAACUUUGAAUCUCAAAUGGGUGUUUACGAAGGCAGAGUUGUCCAAAAUCAAACCUAUAGAGAUAGUUAUAACGGGGUUGUUAUGUAACCUGUAGACAGUCCCACAUGGCUCUUUGUUUUUGGCCUGUUUCCGACCCUUAAGUGAUACUGGCUUGGCGAUGACACUUCAAUUAGAUGUAACUACAGAAUAAAAGAUAUAAAACAUGCAAAGUUGCUCUUUACCCAGAUAAAAAAAUACCAAUUAUUGAUUUUUAUAAUCAUAGGCUUGGUUUUCAUCCGCUUCUCAAAUCUUUAGUAUUUUCUAAAUAUUAGACUAAGCACACACUAUGUUUCAGCUCAGACUUGUGACAAAAGCUGUAAAUAUGAUUGUUAGACGAAUGGCAUUUUUUUACAGUACAGUGGCUUGAAAAAGUAAUCAUACACCUUAAACCUUUUCACAUGCUGUCACAUUUGUCACGCCUUGGUUCUGGACUUCAUUUGUUCAGUUAAGUCCUCUAACAAACCUCUGAGGCCUUUACAGUAAAGCUACUGUGAUGCUACCACCACCAUGUCCCUGAAAACAUGGAUGGUGUAUUCAUGGUGAAGUGCAGUGCUCUCCGACAAACCUCAGAGGCAUUCACAGAACAGCUGUAAUUAUACUGAGACUCAAUUACCGCCUUCCUGUCUCUUGUGAAGAAAAGCAUUUCCACAGUAUAAUGCUACCACCACUAUGUUUCACCAUCGUAAUUAGGUGUAUGUCGUCUGACGUCUUGAUUUUAUUUAGCGGUAGCGGGGGGGGGAGAUGGGGGGGUGUAAUGCAAAUGCAUGCCAUAAUCUACAGAUUUCUAAAUAGGCGUAUCAUUUUCCUUCCACUUCAUAAUGAUGUACUACUAUGUGUUGGUCAAUGACAUAAAAUCCCAAUUCAACACAUCACAGUUCAGGUUUAUAGAGUGACAAAAUUCAGGGGGUAUGGAUAUUUUUUCACUGUAGAUGAACAUGGAGUUUAGCAAUACUUCCAAAGAGAAAACAUAUUUGCUGCUUGCCCUGUUGUGUCAUCUGGGGAAAAAAAACACUUGAAAUUAGGAAACAUUUGCUCUCUAAUGAGUAGUUUUACUGAAUUUGUUUUAAUUUGAACAUUUCUUUUUCAAACAAUACUGGUGUUUUUGUAAAAAAAUAAUAAUAAUUGUACAUGGAGACAUGAACCUCACAAGCCAGAUAGCUCACCUUUUAAAAAUUAAAGUUAUAUGUUGUCUUGAAACUAAAAAUUUGAUAUUUUGAUGCAUGGUGACUGUAUAUCUGGAUUUAUAUUUAUAUAAGGUAUUUAGAAUAUGGAGCAAUACUCUGACAUGGUGCAUGGUGGGAUUCAAACACCUUCUAGACAGAUCUACUUCUGUUGCCCCAUUGACUUGUCACAUUAGCGCCUUCAGUUUUGUUUGACUGACGGUCAGAGGGCAACUCUAAUGAAGAAUGAGAAAGAGAGAAAAAUAUAGUUUAUUUUUCUUUUUUAUACCUAGUGAAACCAAAUUGCAAUUUAAAACACAAUAUAAUCAACAUAGACUGGACUUAAUUACCACUGAUCAACGAACUCUGUUCACAUGCAAAAAGCUACCAGUUUGAACUUCAGCUGGACUUUUUCACCACGUCUAGAAGCUUAAAUGCAUGUGUUGCUGCAAUGUGAUUUGCCAGUUUCCUUCUUGUAUUAAGAAUUAAUUGAAUGGGUGUACCUAAUACAGUACAGCCAAUGAGUGCAGAUUUAUCUUUGUAUCAACUAUCCAAACAACAAUCUUAAUCUUGAUUUCCUGCAAGUUUUUUAUAGAAACUUCUAUAGCCAAGCAAUCAGGACAAACUGAUCAGUAAAAUCACAAGAAAACAUUAAAGAAACAUUUAGCCAACACCUACAGCAGAAUAUCAGUUUUAAUAAAAUGUGUUUAUUGAUUGAUCAUUCAAAGAUCCAGAGCAGCACAUUAAUUUGAUUAAAUAAAUUAAAUCAGAGCUAAUAAGGAACUAGGGCUACAAUUGACAAAAUGCUCAUUUAGCGUGUUUCAUUUAUAAAAAAUGAUGUGACAAUCAAAGAAGUUGUGUAGAGAUUUAUACCUCUUUUUACCAUCCAUGUCAAAUUAUUUGGCCUUCUGCCUUAAGUCACAGCUAUCAUUGUUUGUAUCACCUUUUAAUGUGUGUAAAAUAAUAACUGAAGUGUGAAUGUGGAUCUUUCUUGUGAAAUAUUGCUUACCUGCAGUGAAUAUGUUUUGGAAUAGUGAAAUUAUAAACAAAAUACAAGCGGGGGAAUGAAAUGUUUAGUACUCAAAGCCAAUGUGCAUGUGGGCCCCAUGUGGAUUUUGGUUUAGACUGGGCUAGUAUUAACUGGAUGUAGACUCACAAAUGACUUCUUGAGCAGAAUCCAUUGAGUUUAGUCAAAUCAGCCCACUUCACCAAAACUAGUUCAGAAUCAACUCUGGAUCUCAAAUUAGUGUUUAAGACAAUCAGUAAAAAUUAUGAAACACAUCUGGGAUCCAUGUGGGUCACAAAUUCUACCUAUAGUCCUUCUGCAUUAUACCUAUAAAGGAAAAAUAACAUGGAGCCAUUAUGUUACAUGGUGACAUUCCCAUCUAGGGCCCAUUUUUGGCAUAUUUCCUACCAUUAUGUGUCCCAUAUGGGAAUGUUAGCUACACCUUGUUUAUUCAAUACAAACCCAUUUUACAACAGCAAAACCAAUGCUGCUUCAUGGCAGGAGGAUCUACUCCAGAAAAAUACCAAAUAGUUGUACAAUCUGGAACUGUCAUAGUUAAGAAAAUGUUACAUACUUUUUACAGCGAACAAACUAACUCCAUGAUCAGCCUUUGGUAAUACAAGUUUUAUUGAAAUAAGUUUGAGUUCUGCAGUUUGCGAUAACUAACAUUUAUCCCACUCAUCUGGUACAAAUAAAAUGUCAUGGAUGCCUGUAAAGAUCUGUAAAAAGUUUAUAAGGACAAAGUGUUUUUCACUACAAAAAGGAAGCAAGUGAUGGUGACCUGUUUAGCAAGUGUUUGCUCAAGUUUUAACAAAAUUAUGUCAGCCUUUUCAUAUUUCUUUUUACUACAGACAGCCCUACCAGGUGUUUGCAACUGUUACUUGUUUGAUCUUAAGAUUUUGUUUCUCGCAUGAUAUAUUAUGACCAUGUGUCUGAAAAACUCUUAAUUUUAGCUUGGAUAACAUGUAAGGUGGUUUGUGCAUGAAGUGUAACAGAAUCCUUUGUUACGCAGGUUUAUAUUAUCCACACAUCUCGCCUCUCAUUAUCCCGUAAGCAUGUUUGUUCUAGUUGUUUCUACUUACUUCAUGUUUUAAAAAGAGUAGUAACAUGUUAAUCCAUUGUGUGCCUGGUAGUGAAACACAAAAAAACAGUCAUCUCCUUAAAGCAUGAGCAAUAUCUUCGGAGAGGACCCUUAUACCUUCAUAUGCGGUUGAUGAAAGCAUGAAAACGGUGGUGAUUGUGCACACAAUAAAAGUAGGCUGAGACUUAACGCUGGUUUAUUCAUAAGAAUUCCUGAAUGUAAGUUCAACAUGUUUCCUUUUUUACACAAACAUUUACAAGAUUCUGUAAAGCAAUAUAUGGAAAAACAACAUAACUGUAACAAUAAAGGGUGAAUAUUAAAAACA